AUUGAUCGUUGAUCAAUAUACGAACGCGUUGUUACGCGCCUAUUUAUUCCAAAGUUUCAACUUCGAUUCGCCAGGGCGGCGCUUGAGUCAUUUUGAUAGAUAUAGCGAAUCACACAGUAUCACACUGAUCGCACUCACCUGCUGGUGUGCCGACUGUUGCGUGACUUCGGCGCGGCGUCAAAGAAAGCGCCAUCCCACCAGAGUCCAGACGCGUGCGGAUCCGCGAGCAUGCGUCCAUCAGCAUGUGUGUCAACCGGCUCUCGCCGAUUCUCCUUUGUUUUUCCAAACUCAAACCUGAGCCGUCCAAUUUUGUUUUAUGCAAUAUUUUAGAAUACAUUCACUUUUUAUGACUAUAUUAUUUAAUUUGUGUGUAUGUGUGUGCUUAUAUUUGACGUUCCUGGACUAUCGAAGUUCGAGAAACAAAUGUUAGAUAUUAUAUAACCUAUUACUAGAAUAUCGGUAAUUAUACGUCUCUCUUGCGAUAAAGUACCUGAAAAUGAAUGUGAUCAACGGAACCGGUGAAAAUAAGCGCAAGUUAAUUCUUAUAUGCAGAAUUUGCGGGGAAGCAAGUGAUUCCUAUGUAAACAUUUUUGGUCAGGAAGGCACUGCACAUUCGUUGAGUAAGAAGAUAUCAACAUACCUUCAACUUAAGGUUUCAAAUUACGAUUUAAUGCCAAAAAUAGCGUGCAACAAAUGCUUCCACAAACUUGAAGAAUUCCAUUAUUUUUUCUUAGCCAGUAAGAAGGUGCAAUUGAUGUUGAAGAAUGCAAUCAAUGAGUCUUUAUUUUCAAUAGUGAUAAAUGUGAAGUCAUUGAAAAAAAAAACUGCUAGUGAAAAUCCUUUAAAUAUUGUGAAUGAAAAUGAAAAUUGUGUUUCCCUUUCCAAUGAUAAGCACAAGGAUAAAUCUCAAAUAAGUGAACUUCAAACAAUUUGCAAUUCUGACGAAAACCAAGAGGAAACCAAGAGCAUAAUGAACAAUGAUUUGUUAUCAAAUGAAGAGUUGGACAAUAAGGAAGAAUUGAAUUCAUUGAUUGAAUUGGGAACGGAAGACGACUCUUUUGAAUUAAAGCCAGUAUUAGAAGAAGACAUUGAUCUUAUGGAUGUGUCGAUACAAUUAUCCUGCUUAUCUUGUACUGAAACAUUUGAGAAACCAAGAGAGUUGAUUGAUCAUUUCAGUGAGCAGCAUUGCGAUGAAGCACCAGUUUUUAAAUGUAUAAUUUGUGGAAGUUUGUAUAAAGAUCUGAAAAGGUUUUACACACAUUAUCACAAACAUGGAAGUGAUGAGUAUACGUGUAAAAUUUGUGGGAAAUUAUUUACACGAAAAUGGAGCUUACAGCUUCAUGCUGCUGUACACACUGAUGCUAAACCUUAUAAUUGCGAUCAGUGUGAUAAAUUAUUUAAGACUAUGAAUGCACUUAGGGACCAUAAGAAGAAGCAUCUUUCAGAUAAACCUUUACAUACCUGUGAUCAUUGUGGUAAAAGCUUCAGAUCUAAAUUCAUUUUAGCAUCCCACAAAAGAAUUCACACGGGUGAAGAGUAUUUUAUAUGUAACUUGUGUAGCAAAUCUUUUACUAGUAAAAGUUUAUUAACUUACCAUAUGUCGAUUCAUAAUUACAAGGAGAAUAUUAAAUGCCGUUUCUGCAAUAAACUUGUACAUACUGAAAAAUUGUCAGAACAUUUAUCUAUCCACACAUUUGAAAAGAAGCCAUUUAAAUGUGAAUUUUGUGAAAAACGGUAUCGUUUUCCUUCUCAAUUAAAGCAGCACAUUAGACUUCAUACAGGAGAAUUGCCUUACAAAUGUGAAGAUUGCCCAAAGCGUUUUCGACUGAGAAAUGCCUUAAUAAUACAUCAACGACAGCAUACUGGUGUAAAACCAUUUGAAUGCAAAACGUGUGAUCGCGCAUUUACCGAUUUUGCUAAUUACAACAAGCACAUGAAACGCAUACAUUAUAAUACUAUUUCUAUAGAAAAAAUGAUGAGCUGAUUCUGAUUGAGAUUUGAAUCAUGUAUAAAUCUUAAAGAUAGCGGACUGAACUUUCUACGCAUUCCACUCAUCUACUUAAAACACUGUAAUCAAAAAGCAGGGGGUAAACGUCGAGUAAAAAUCUAAGAAUAAUCAUUAAAAUAUAUAAUUCUUUAUUUACACGAUACUUUUAUGUUCAUAUACAAGUCAUAAGUUAUGUAUUUAAAAGUUAUAACAAUGCAAAAAUAUCUUUUACAAAAAGUUAUCUUUGUAUGUACACUAAAUAAUAUACUAGUUUGCUAUAUGAUGUACAAAAAACCUAUGUAAUUUUUAUAUCAAUAAACAACAAUUCUUUGUUAUAUCUAUUUUAA